AUGACUCCUCUUUUCAAGAUGAUGAACAUAAUUUCAUGGUCUUCGUAUGUCCUCUCCUAUCUACCUAGAGAAAAUUCAACUAGUGAGGUUGAAGCAACUCCUACCACGAUGGUAGAGGAAUUGGAAGAAGAAAUCCCCACAAGUGUUGAGGAUGAAGAGUGUUUUGAGGAUAUACAUGAUAUGUAUGAUCAAUUGUAUGAGCAAUUUCUCAAACAACAAGAGGAAGUGCCUUACCUUGAGUGGAAGG